GCGCUCAACUUUCUCUUCUACCUCGCCCUGGUGGCGGCGGCCGCCUUCUCGGGCUGGUGCGUCCACCACGUCCUGGAGGAGGUCCAGCAGGUCCGGCGCGGCCACCAGGACUUCUCCCGGCAGAGGGAGGAGCUGGGCCAGGGCUUGCAGGGCGUUGAGCAGAAGGUACAGUCUCUGCAAACCACAUUUGGGACUUUCGAGUCUAUCUUGAGAAGCUCCCAACAUAAACAAGACCUUACAGAGAAAGCUGUGAAGCAGGGGGAGGGUGAGAUCAACCGAAUCAGCGAAGUUCUGCAAAAGCUCCAGAACGAGAUUCUCAAAGACCUCUCAGAUGGGAUCCAUGUGGUGAAGGAUGCCCGUGAGCGAGACUUCACGUCCCUGGAGAACACGGUGGAGGAGAGACUGACGGAGCUCACCAAGUCCAUCAAUGACAACAUCGCCAUCUUCACCGAAGUCCAGAAGAGGAGCCAGAAGGAGAUAAACGAUGUGAAGGCCAAGGUGGCCUCUCUGGAGGGAUCCGAGGGGCACAAGCAGGAUUUGAAAGCCAUGAAGGAAGCUGUGAAGGAAAUACAGGCCUCCACAAAGUCCAGAGAGAAGGACGUGGAGGCCCUGCGCAGCUCCCUGCAGAGCAUGGAGUCUGACGUCUAUACGCAGGUCAGGGAGCUGGUGAGCCUCAAGCAGGAGCAGCAGGCAUCCAAGGAGGCAGCCGCCUCAGAGCAGCUGGCCCUGCAAACCCUCACGGAGAAGCUUCUCCGGGCCGAGGAGGCCGUUUCCCGCCUGCCCGAGGAGAUCAGGAGACUGGAGGAAGAGUUCCGCCAACUGAAGUCUGCGUCCCACGGACCAGAGGAAGACAGAGUCUUCCAGAACUCUGACGCCUUGGAAAUGCUCCAGCAAAAGAGUCAAAGAUGGGACUCUAGGCUCCAGAGCCUCGAGGAUGGAAUCUAUUCUGUGCAGGCAGCUUCCAUGCGCCAGACUGAGAGCCUGGAAUCCCUCCUGUCCAAGAGCCAGGAGUAUGAGCAGCGCCUGGCUGCCCUGCAGGGCCGCCUGGAAAGCCUGGGGUCCUCCUCGGAGGCAGACAAGGAUGGCCUGGCUGACACGGUGAGGAGCCUGGGGGAGGCCCAGCUCGCACUCUACAGUGACGUGGAGGAGCUGAAGAGGAGCCUGGGCGAGCUCCCCAGCACUGUGGAGGCUCUGCAGAAGGUGCAGGAGCAGGUACACACGCUUCUCAGCCAGGACCAGGCCCAGGCUGCCCGCCCUCCCCAGGACUUCCUGGACAGACUUUCUUCUCUAGACAACCUGAAAUCCUCAGUGAGCCAAGUGGAGUCGGACUUGAAGAUGCUCAGGACUGCUGUGGACAGUUUGGUUGCGUACUCGGUCAAAAUAGAAACCAACGAGAACAACCUGGAAUCAGCCAAGGGUUUGCUAGAUGACUUGAGAAAUGAUCUGGAUAGGUUGUUCGUGAAAGUGGAAAAGAUUCACGAAAAAGUCUAAAUGCAUCGUAUGUGCAGGGCAUGGAUUUAAAGUCCAAUUUCUCAUGACCAAAAAAGGUGUUUUCUCUCACGUGUCCCCACCUCCAAUUUCUUGUUCCCUCUUAAAGAGCAGCAGAUGCCACCUGAACACCAAGGCGUUGCAUUUUCGUGCCCAGUUAAUUUAUUUACAGUUGGUACACACCGUGGGUUUCUUACGUUCUCUGUGGGUUUCUUACGUUCUCUGCUUCUGCUUUUGGUUGGUUUCCUGAAGGCCCAGCCCCUGUGAAUAGGAGGUGGCUUUAGAAGGGAUGUCUCUAGUGUCAGAGAAAAACAAUAAUGGCUUCAGCUGAGGAUUAACAGAAGCAGAUUAACUUUAACCUCAAAAACCCUGCCUAGUCGGCAGAUUUUAAGUAAAAAAAAAAGGGGGGGGGGGGA